AUAGUCGCCAGUUGCUUAGUCGGUAGUCGGCCGCAACGGGAAGAGUCAUGUUGGCGUUACUGAACUCUGCAGGAAGUUCGUAGGUUUCGGCAAUGAGUAUCAUUGCUCCAAAAUCUAAGCUGUUGUAAUAUUAAGUCAUUCGAAGUACAGCAAUGUUAGAGGAAACUGCCAUGAGCAUGUCUGCAAGGAAGGAAAGAGAGAGACUUUACAUCACAGAUGGGGAGAGAACUUUUUCUUAUGACGAAAACCUGCCCAGCCUUCCUGUGCCAUGUCUAAAACAAACAAUGGAGAAGUACCUCAGUUCAGUCAAGGCCCUAGUUUCAGAAGAGGAGCUUUUUGUAACAAAAUCCCUAGCUGAAGAAUUUGAACAAGGAAUUGGAGCCGAACUGCAUGAGAAACUUUUGCAAAGGGCAAAGGAUUCUCCAAAUUGGCUGGAAAAAUGGUGGGAAGACAUGGCAUACUUGUCCUCACGGAACUCCCUGUUGCCGCUUUCUCACAUGAGUGGCUCGUUUGCUGUUUUUGAAGAUGCCUUUACCUACCCGGGCAAACGGAGCUCCUGGGCAGCUAAGAAUGUUUGGUACUACCUUAGCUUCUGGAAGCUGUUAAGACUAGAGCAGCUGAAGCCACAGUCUUUCAGGAAGAUACCCUGGUCCAUGAAUCAAUUUAGGAGGCUCUUCAACACAGUUAGGAUACCCCAGGAGGGCAAAGACGAGAUUGUUAAUAAAUUCCUACCAGAAGGAGAAGAGACAUUUCCAGGCGAAUCCCCCACAAAUGUUAUCGUUCUCUGCUCUGGUCACAUAUUCUCGUUUGGGGCUGUAAAUGAAAAUGGCGAACCAAUCACCGUGGACGAACUCAGUCAGCAGUUAGAGUACAUUGAACUGUACUGUGCUGGGAUGGAGGCGGGACCAGGCAUUGGAGCCCUCACCGUGGGAGAUCGGGACAGUUGGGCAGAAAAUCGUGAUGCGUUGCGGAACCUUCAUCCCGAGAAUGAAAGAAAUUUGCAGAUGAUUGAGGAUGCGUUACUUGUGGUGGUCUUAGACAAUGCUGCGCCUGAGAACCGCACUGAGGUUAUGACACAGUGUCUCAUGGGAGAUUGUUCCAACAGAUGGGCUGACAAAUCCUACACUAUGAUUGUGUACAAGAAUCUCACAAUAGGGUCAGCAGCGGAUCACACACCGUUUGACGGAAUGGUUCCAGUAUCAGUUGGUCAUUAUGCACACCUUUGUCACCUGGAAGGCCUCGCAGAUAAUCAGGCUGAAGGCACACCAUCUCAUCCCCAGCCUCUCCCGAAGAACCUGAAAUUUCAUUUGAACGAGCACCUGUAUUCGGAAAUAAAUUAUGCAAGACAACACUACCAGAAGCUUUGUGACAACAUCGACCUCUUCUGUGAGGUGUUUGAAGGGUACGGAAAGUCCUUCAUGAAACCCAUAAGGAUUCACCCUGAGGCCUACUUACAAAUUGCACUACAACUGGCCUACUACAAGCUGCACAAUAGACCUGCCCCUACCUACACAACGGCAUCGACGCGUCAGUUUUACCACGGCAGAACAGAGACUUGCAGGUCUUGCACUCCUGAGCUGGUGGCGUUUGUCGAAGCUAUGCUUGACAAUGCCACUCCUACAAUAACAGUUUUGAACUUACUGAAACAAACAGUAGAAACAUUUACAUAUCUUAUGAUGGACUGCUGCAGCAAUUCUGGAUGUGAUAGGCACUUGAUGGGCCUGGCCAUGGUUGCCCUGGAAGAAGGAAUACCAAUGCCCGAGCUGUUCUUUGACCCUUCUUUUGUGAAGAGUGGAGGCAAUGGAAAUUUCAUCCUGUCAACAAGCUGUACUGGCUACACGCCUCUUGUGGGAUGUGUGGCCCCCAUGUGCAAAGAUGGUUAUGGUGUCUUCUACAGUAUUGAGGAUGAAAGGAUUAUUGUUGCCAUAUCAGCCUUCAGGGAGAGUGCAGAGACAGAUGCCCGUCAUCUCUAUCAAAACGUAGUGCAGGCACUCUUUGAUCUGCAACAGCUGCUGCUAUCUGCCAAACUGUGAAUAUUUUGACUGUGCCCAACAUGCCCACAAGUGUUCAACCACGUCACUCUGGGUGGUGCAGGUUUCCAAGCCGAAUAAGAAUAAUUCUUUUUUAGUAGCUGACGCUUCGAGGCACCAUAAAUAGGCGUCAGUCUGGGUCGCCAUCCAUCAGUUCUAGGUCUAACUUCUCUGCCAUGAUUUUUUUGUGCACGCAUGCAUAGGUACAUCAUUUAUUUUCAAUUGCUGAGAUCCUGAUUGAGCUGAAAGCUGUCAAAAUUAUAUAUGGGCUCCAUUUUGUAGCAACUCCUUACAAUUUACAUAACACUUGUGGUGGGACCAUGUUACAGUCACUGUUUAGUAGAUUUUGACAUUCCCAAGCGGGUGCAUCAUUCAGUACCUCUUUACAUUUCUGUAUUGUAAGAAAGGUGCAUCCUCUGAAAAAAAAAUGUGCCUUCAAUGUUUGGGAACACGUUGGGAAUGAACUCUGUGUGGGAGGCACGAAAGCAAGAGAGGUGACAGGUAGUGCACUUACAUUUUUAGCACAUAGGAUACAGGAAUUUUUGGGGGAGAUUUUUAUGGUUUCACUACCAUGUAAACAUAGAUUGAGAAUGUGUUGAAUCAGCAAGGGGUCAUAUCACUGCCUCUGUCACACUGGGAUAUGGCUUCAAAACGGUGUGUUGUGUCACCAACACAGCAUGAAAUACCAAUAUAGCGGCUUGGAGCAUGCCGCUUUUUGUGAGACUUGUGUUGCAUGCUUCCUGUGACUCCUUGCUAGCACAUGAGGUGCUUGAACGUUUGUGCGUGCAGCUAGCUAACAGGGAAGUUGCAGGUGGCUAUAGCAUUGCACAUCAUUCAUGAAUAUGAUUGCCUAUGGCAUGAUUUGUCAUUCCACACAUUUUUAUUUAUAGUGUAAGCAUUUCGCUUUCAGGUUUCUUAAAUUUCCGCAAAGAAUGUUGCAGCAUCUGGCCUGUUUUCUCUUCUUUUUUUUUAAAAUUCUACUAAAAUUGACACUAUUACAUCUGAUGGUGAAGGCUGAUGGAUUUUGUAACAAGAAAAGAAAACUCAAAAUUUCUAUUUUCUGGAAGAGAAAUCUCUUAACAACUGUUUCCUACAACUGCAGUCAAUGUGUUCUCAAAUGAUCAAAACUCCAUGUUCCUAUCUUGUGUCUUUGCAUCCUGUUGACUUCAUCUACAUUUUUUAGCAUAUUCUUCCUUUCUAAAAUAUAUUUGUGGUGGAGACUGCCUUAUACCUCAAAACCUACACUGGCCAACCAUAUAAUGUUGAACAUUGAAUUAAAAUGCAAGCGAGCUGGUGUAUACUGGAUGUUGGCAACACGUUCCUGAGCUUGGAGGAAGGACAAAACACAAAAAUUAACAGUAUUUUAGUGUUUUGUCUUAUUUUGUCAACCAUAUAAGCCAAACAUAGGAUGCACAAUGUGCACUUCAAUUAGAAGAAAUUCGAUACUUAGCCAAAAAAAUUUGUCGUUGCACAUGUACGCAAAACACGUCCCCAGCUCACUACUGCUGGUGAUCACUACUUCUAUAAUAUAUAUAACAAGAAAAGUUUGUCAUGUGCAGACACAUCAAGUGAGCACAUGCAAACUCCCAGAUUUCAGAUGAACACGCUGGAACCAGCAUGUUUGUCAUGCUGUAUGUCAAGCUUUCUGCUUCAGUGCCAGCAAGCAUACCUCUGUACACAUUUUGUUCUCUUAUGUGUUGGUAUUGGAGCACCCUACAAUGAACGCAUAAAGUAAUGCUACUUAACACAUCAACAAUUGCACCCGGUUGAGCAAGAACAGAGAUAUAUAUCAUUACAAAAUUACAUACUAGGAUUAAAUCAAUUUCUUGGAUUCUGACUACAUAAUUUCAUGAUCACUUGUGUUGUGACUAACUCUACGUAUGCGGGGCAUAGAACAUAUAGUUGGACCAAAUAUUGCCUGUAUCUUCCUUGUUAUUUGAAUCUUUAUGGCUGUAUGUUUAUUUCGUUGUUGUUGUUGUUUUUUUUGGGGGGAGGGGGGUUCUUGAGCAGCCUUUAUACAUUUUUGCUAUCUGGCAUGCAGUCUCCACUGCACAUAUAUCAAUUUUUUUCUUGUUCUUGUUCUUCUAUUUGUAUUCCUGUGGCACUCAUGGAUUCCUGUAUCAAGUACAUCUUGCAUACUUGUACAGAAAGCAAGGAUAGCACACUGUCUGUGAUACAAUGUACUUCGUACACUUUUAUAUCUUGUAUUUUUCAAAUCAUCCUGAACCUUACUUUGAUAGGUCCAAUGUCCUUAGGUAGCCAGUAAUAGUAUAUUACCCCAUUUACCCCUCUUCCUAAUUUUAUGGGACCACACAUUUUUAAGUGCAUUCCUUUUUUUUUCUUACCUUCCAUAUAUUUUUAUGUGAUUUUAAAUUAAAUGUAUUCACUAAUCGUACAAUCCAGCAUUUACCAUUGUCAGUAUCAACCUUAUCAGUGCUGAAGUUAUGUACGCAGAAGUCCAGUUAUUAAAUAUCCAAGUUCGAAUUCA